GACCGGCUCGCCCCCGUGCCGCGGACGCGCGCGCGCUGCCCCACGCGACACCCGCCCCGGCCGCCGUCCGUCGCCGCUCGCGUGCGUGCGCGUGCGUGCUGGUGCGGACGCCGUGCGUGCGCGCGCGCGGCGGCCCAGAAAGCGGCGCUGGGACCCUGAGGCGGCGGUGGUUAGGCGGCUCCCCGGCGGCUCCUCCGCGGCGGUGACGGCGACCGCACUCCCCGCUUCCCGCUCCUCGCGCUCCUCCGCCCGGGCCCGCCAGCCGAGGCCGCUCCCGAGCGUCGGAAGAUGCCGGCCGUGUCCAAGGGGGACGGGAUGCGGGGCCUGGCGGUCUUCAUCUCGGAUAUCCGCAACUGUAAAAGUAAAGAAGCAGAAAUAAAAAGGAUAAACAAGGAACUGGCAAAUAUCAGAUCAAAAUUUAAAGGUGACAAGGCUCUUGAUGGCUAUAGUAAAAAAAAGUACGUCUGCAAGUUGCUCUUCAUAUUUCUCCUUGGUCAUGACAUUGACUUUGGACACAUGGAGGCUGUGAACCUGCUGAGUUCAAACAGAUACACGGAAAAGCAGAUCGGCUACCUUUUCAUCUCUGUGUUGGUGAAUUCGAACAGUGAGCUGAUCCGCCUGAUCAACAACGCCAUCAAGAAUGACCUGGCCAGCCGCAACCCCACCUUCAUGGGCCUGGCCCUGCACUGCAUCGCCAGCGUGGGCAGCCGGGAGAUGGCCGAGGCCUUCGCCGGGGAGAUCCCUAAGGUCCUCGUAGCCGGAGACACUAUGGACAGCGUGAAGCAGAGCGCGGCCCUGUGCUUGCUGCGCCUGUACAGGACAUCCCCCGAUCUUGUCCCCAUGGGCGACUGGACAUCCCGAGUGGUGCACCUGCUCAACGACCAGCACUUGGGUGUGGUAACUGCAGCCACAAGUCUGAUCACCACUUUAGCGCAGAAGAACCCAGAAGAGUUUAAAACCUCCGUGUCUCUGGCUGUCUCUAGGCUAAGCAGAAUCGUGACGUCUGCAUCCACAGAUCUCCAGGAUUACACUUACUAUUUUGUCCCGGCUCCCUGGCUGUCUGUCAAACUGCUGAGGCUGCUGCAGUGCUACCCACCCCCAGACCCUGCAGUGCGAGGCCGCCUGACUGAGUGCCUGGAGACCAUCCUGAACAAAGCCCAAGAACCGCCCAAGUCGAAGAAGGUCCAGCACUCCAACGCGAAGAACGCCGUGCUCUUCGAGGCCAUCAGCUUAAUCAUUCACCAUGACAGUGAGCCGAACCUGCUCGUCCGUGCCUGCAACCAGUUGGGCCAGUUCCUGCAGCACCGCGAGACCAACCUGCGCUACCUGGCCCUGGAGAGCAUGUGCACGCUGGCCAGCUCGGAGUUCUCCCAUGAGGCUGUCAAGACGCACAUCGAGACGGUCAUCAACGCCCUGAAGACUGAGCGGGACGUGAGUGUGCGGCAGCGGGCCGUGGACCUCCUCUACGCCAUGUGCGACCGCAGCAACGCCCCACAGAUCGUGGCUGAGAUGCUGAGCUAUCUGGAGACAGCCGACUACUCCAUCCGAGAAGAGAUUGUGCUGAAGGUCGCCAUCCUGGCUGAGAAGUACGCGGUGGACUACACCUGGUAUGUGGAUACCAUCUUGAACUUGAUCCGAAUUGCUGGUGAUUACGUGAGUGAAGAGGUGUGGUACCGAGUCAUUCAGAUCGUCAUCAACCGGGACGACGUGCAGGGCUACGCGGCCAAGACUGUGUUCGAGGCUCUUCAGGCUCCUGCGUGCCACGAGAACCUGGUCAAAGUGGGCGGCUACAUCCUGGGGGAGUUCGGAAACUUGAUAGCUGGAGACCCGAGAUCCAGCCCCCUGAUCCAGUUCCACCUGCUGCACUCCAAGUUCCACCUGUGCAGUGUCCCCACCCGCGCGCUGCUCCUGUCCACCUACAUCAAGUUCGUGAACCUCUUCCCGGAGGUGAAGCCCACCAUCCAGGACGUGCUGCGCAGCGACAGCCAGCUGAGGAACGCAGACGUGGAGCUGCAGCAGCGUGCCGUGGAGUACCUGCGGCUCAGCACCGUGGCCAGCACCGACAUUCUGGCGACCGUGCUGGAGGAGAUGCCCCCGUUCCCGGAGCGGGAGUCCUCCAUCUUGGCAAAGCUCAAGAAGAAGAAGGGCCCCAGCACGGUGACAGACCUGGAGGACACCAAGCGGGACAGGAGUGUGGAUGUGAACGGGGGUCCUGAGCCUGCCCCGGCCAGCACCAGCGCCGUGUCUACGCCUUCUCCGUCGGCAGACCUGCUGGGUCUCGGGGCUGCCCCCCCUGCCCCCACGGGCCCCCCACCCUCCUCCAGCGGCAGCGGGCUGCUCGUGGACGUGUUCUCAGACUCGGCCUCUGUGGUUGCGCCUCUCGCUCCUGGCUCCGAAGACAACUUUGCCAGGUUUGUUUGUAAAAACAAUGGUGUGUUGUUUGAAAACCAGCUGCUUCAAAUUGGACUUAAGUCUGAAUUUCGGCAGAAUUUAGGUCGGAUGUUUAUCUUUUAUGGUAAUAAGACCUCCACGCAGUUCCUAAACUUCACCCCAACACUAAUCUGUUCAGACGACCUUCAGCCUAACCUGAACCUGCAGACCAAGCCCGUGGACCCGACCGUGGAGGGGGGCGCGCAGGUGCAGCAGGUGGUCAACAUAGAGUGCGUGUCCGACUUCACGGAGGCGCCAGUCCUCAACAUUCAGUUCAGGUAUGGGGGCACCUUCCAGAACGUGUCUGUGCAGCUGCCCAUCACUCUCAACAAAUUCUUCCAGCCGACAGAAAUGGCUUCUCAGGAUUUCUUUCAACGUUGGAAGCAGUUGAGCAAUCCACAGCAGGAAGUACAGAACAUCUUCAAAGCAAAGCACCCAAUGGACACAGAAGUCACCAAAGCCAAGAUCAUUGGAUUUGGUUCUGCACUUCUUGAAGAAGUUGAUCCUAAUCCUGCGAAUUUCGUGGGAGCUGGAAUCAUCCACACGAAAACCACCCAGAUCGGAUGCCUGCUGCGCCUGGAGCCGAACCUGCAAGCCCAGAUGUACCGGCUCACGCUGCGGACGAGUAAGGAAGCCGUUUCUCAGAGAUUAUGUGAAUUGCUCUCAGCGCAGUUUUAGUCAUGAGGAUGGAAGACCAGGCUCGUGUGUCUUGCGUUGUCUUCGUCUGUGCCGUUUGUCUUCGUGGCCAUCCUGCAGAUGAGCACCCUGUGUCCAGUGCCACAGCACAAGGCGCCUCCCCGCCCCGCUGCCCCACACCUCUCCCCUUUGGGCUGGACGGGAACACACGUGUGUGGCUCAGGAGGAAAAGCUCAGCCUGGACUGUGGCAGCCACGGCAGAAGGUGGAUCUUGGGAUCAAUUUUUAUAAAAAUCGAGACAGUUCUGUGGUUAAAUCUACAAAUUAAAGGGAAAUUAGAA